GCUUCUCCCCUUUAAUUUGUCCACAUCAGAUCCCAUAAAUGAAACGUUCGUGUACAUGAACGCGUUUCUUCUUCUGUAAAAGUUUUACUUGGACAGAAUCAGACUCAGGACGCUAUAAUCGGCGAAUCGGCUCGUUUUAGCAGCUUAUUUAUCGCAAUUCGUCUCGCAAGGUUGAUAAGCUCGUAGGGCUCCUGGCAGGCUGCUGCUGCUGAGGCUGUUUGGCUUUGACAUGCUAAACCCUGGAUGACCGAAGGGACUCGUUAAUAGCAGGAUCCAGACCUCCAGCUCCUUAUGGCUGUAUAUGAUGAGAACAUCCUGAAGAAUCCUUUCUACCUGGCCUUGGAGAAGCAGAGACCCGACCUUUGCAGCCAAGUGGCAGAGCUCCACGGCAUCGUUCUGGUGCCGUGCUGUGGAAGUUUGACCCUCAGCAGCUACUCGGACUCUCACUUCGACAGCUAUGUGCUGCAGCCCGUGGAGGACGGUUAUAAGACUGCGGACGGGAAGGAGGUCCGGAUCCAGGACAGGCAGGUCCUGCUGGGAUCCGGGUUCCCGGCUCCAGUGUCGAUCCCCAUCCUGUUCGAGGAGACCUUCUACAACGACCGGGAGCAAAGCUACAGCAUCCUGUGCGUCUCCAGGCCCAUGGAGGUGGACCCGAGCCUGUCCGAGGUCAGCACGCCGUCUUCUUACAGCCUGAGGAGCCUGGAGGACGUCAGGGAGUUCCUGGGCCGCCACGCCCAGAAGAUGGACAAGCACAUCCAGAGCUUCUGUCAGGCCUUCAGGGAGCAGGAGAGGAAGGGACUCCGGCACCACAUAGACUCGGUGAACGGUCUUUACACUAAGUGUCUUCAGUGUCUGCUGAGAGACUCUCACCUGAAACUUCUGGCAAAGCAGGAGCUUCAGAUGACGCUCCUCAAACAGGCAGUGGAGAUGUACGUUCAUCAUGGUAUCCAUGAAUUAAUCUUUAACUUUGUGGGAACGCUUGAGGCCAGCCAGGACGCUGCCUUCAACAAAACCACCAGGAGUCUGCAGGAGCUGCAGCAGAAAGAGCUGGGAGUCAAACCCGAGUUCAGCAUAAACUUGUCUCGGGCUAAAAGAGAGCUGAGCCAGCUCAACCAGCAGACGUCCCCCCUCCUCAAACUGCUCUGCCUGCGUAGAGUCGCGCUGACCGCCACCCAGACCCCGAGACGCACCGUGAGCAUAGAAGCCGUGAGCGCCGACGACCUGCUGUCUGUCGUCCUCUAUCUGCUGGUGAAGACGGAAAUCCCCAACUGGAUGGCCAACCUGAGCUACAUCAGGAACUUCUGCUUCAGCCACUCGAGUAAAGAUGAGCUCAGCUACUGUCUGAGCACCUUCGAGGCGGCGGUGGAGUACAUCAACCUGGGGAAGCUGCAGAACUCUGGCUCUGGUGAGCUCAGCGACAAGGCGCUGUUCAAGGAGAGGAUGAGUCUGCUGACUCAGGGUGUAGCCACGCCCAUUAAUUGUCUGUUUGAGCACAUAGCAAAUGGAAAUGAAGAGGAGGUUGAACGCCUGCUGAGUGAUGGAGAGGCCGAUGAAGAUGUGAAGAUGUGUCAUCCUCUCUGCUCCUGUGACCUCUGUGACCUCCAGCUGUCCGGGCGGCUCAACGACCCGUCCAUCGUCACGCCGUUCUCCAGAGAUGACCGGGGUUACACUCCUCUGCAUGUCGCUGCUCACUGCGGUCAGUCCCAGCUGAUCGACAUACUGGUGCAUAAAGGAGCUCAGGUGAACGCCACAGACUACCACGCCCUCACACCGCUGCACCUGGCGUGUCAGCGUGGAUACCAGGGAGUAACGCUGCUGCUGCUGCACUACAAGGCCAACACGGAGGCUCAGGACAACAACGGCAACACGCCGCUGCACCUCGCCUGCAUGUACGGACACGAGGACUGUGUGAAGGCCUUGGUGUACUACGAUGUCCAAACGUGCCGUCUGGACCUGGUGAACGACAAAGGCGACACGGCGCUGCACAUGGCGUCGCGCUGGGGCUACGAGGGCAUCAUCCAGGUGCUCCUGGAGAACGGAGCGAGCACCCACAUCCUCAACAAGAACAAGGAGUCGCCGCUGCAGUGCGCCCUGAACUCCAAGAUCCUCAUGCAGCUGCAGUCCACUCAGAACGGCCGGAAGCGCUGCGGCAGCGGCGUCGACUCUCCCAGCCGCUCGCCUCUGGCCUCAGACUGCAGCAGCCGCCGCUCCUCCGUCUCCAGCACCUCCUCCCUGGGCUCGGAGGUCAAACCAGAGGGAGAACGGGUCCGGCACAGAGAGGUGGAGAAGCUGCUGCGAGCCGUGGCAGACGCUGACGUGGAGAUGGUGCGUUACCUGUUGGAGUGGAUGGAUGAGGAAGAGGAGGAUCAGGGAGAAGUACGGUCGGAGGCUCCGCUUUGCCACCCUCUGUGUCAGUGCCCAAACUGCGCCCCCACUCAGAAGCUAUCGGUGCAGCAGGCGGGAACUCUCGGCGUAAACAGCUGCAACGUCGACGGUUUCACGCCUCUCCACGUCGCCGCCCUCCACGGACACUUGCCGCUGGCCACCCUGCUGAUCCGCCACGGGGCCAACGUGAACGCCCGCACCAACCAGAGCGCCACGCCACUUCACCUGGCUUGCCAGAACAGCCACAUCCCGGUGGUGAGGUUUCUGCUGGAGUGCAACGCCAAGCUGAAUAAAAAGGAUCACUAUGGCAACACGCCGCUGAUCCACGCCUGCCUGCGUGGAAAUCUGGACACAGCCACCAUCCUGUUACAGAGUAAUGCGUUGGUGAACGUGGCGAACCUUCAGGGGAACACGGCGCUCCAUGAGGCAGUGCGGGGCGGGCAUCUGGCGCUGGUGGAGCUGUUGCUGAGGGGCGGAACCUCUCCUGGCAUCAGGAACAAGAGGCAGAGGACGCCGCUGGACUGCGCCUACGAGCUGGGCGGAAAGAACACUGAAAUCCUGCGAGCUCUGCAGAAAGCAUCUGGACUCUCCCCUGAUGAUGAACCGAUCAAACUCCUCUCCGUCCCCAAAGGAGCUCUGGCUCAUUCCUUCGUGCAGCGUCUGAGGCUGCAGGAUAACUCCAACAGCAGGAAGCAGAAGCUGGCUCAGUCCAUCAGCAGGAUGCAGCAGAUGAGGAAGGGUUCUUCAGGUUCUCCACCCAGGUGUUCUCCAAACCUCAGCCAGGUGAAUCCGGACAGGUGGAGGCUGAGGCGAGGAGAGACGGUGGCGGUCAGCAGCCCCACAGGAAGCCUCAAAGAGCGGCGCCUGGCUCGCUCUCACACCCUCGACACCGGAGUGCACACGCCGGAGCGAACGCACGCGCUGACCGUGGCUGACCCGACAGACGUCGCGUGCGCUCCUGAACUACCCGACGGCGCCGAAUCGCUCUCCACCGACGCCUCCAGCUGCAGCACGGGCAGCGAGACCUCGCCGUCCACACCGUCAACUACAUCAUCGCAGGUCGACAGCUCGGCCGACGUCCCGCUCGCAAACAUCCUGUCUGCUCAGUCUGACCCCGAAAGCCAGACCGACCGAGAUUUACACGCAGACUCUUCUGACGGCCGCCCUCGGCCUGGCGAGGAAGCUGAAGGCUUACCGUCAGAGCACAGGGAUGAAGACUCCACCCCUUAUCCCCUUAACCUGCCCUCCCCGACCCAGAGCGAAAGAGUCGAAGAGAGCAACGCCAAUCAGCAGCCAGAACCCAGCGCACAGUGAUGCAGGGAGCGCGAAGCGCAGACGGCACGAGUAGCAAGAAGACCGCCGAAAGAAAAACACACGAGACUCCGGAUCCUCACGAACCAAACGUCCUCUCACUGCAGCGCGUCGGGUUGUAUUUGUCCCGCUCGGAGGUUUCCGCCUCCUCAGGCAAACUGAAAGGGCGUCGGGCACCAUCCAUGUUUUGCGUCAGUGGGGACGUCAGAGACGGCCCUGACUCAGACACCUGGAUCAGGUUUAACCCGCACAGGCUCGGCGCCGCUCGCGCUCCCUUCUCACUCGUUAACAUAAACUAGAAGCUGCAUUUUUUCCACUGACAGGUUUCCGAACUUUGUUUUUCAGAUGUUUGAAAACUGCUCGGCGCUUUUGUGCGGAGGCGAGCGAGAUCCAAACCAUCCUCGCACGGGGAACUCUUUACAUUGAGCUUCAACACGAACGUCUCAGCUGAGUUUAAAGCGCUUUCCACUUCCAGCCUUCACGGAGAAAAAGGGAUGCAAGCUGAUUUCAUUUCUUGCUGUUUGAACGUCCUCGCUGUAGUUUGUGCUGCUGCUCUGUGCCGCUGACUUUUUUACUUUGGUUUAAUCAGGAUGAUCUUAUUUUAUUUAGGAGGGUGGAGCUCCGUGUGUCUCCCUGUCCGCUGCUGAACCUCGCUGCGAGCUUUUAUCCAGCAGAUUUUAAUCCAACACCACCGCCGGCUAUUUUCCAAAUCAAGCUGUUUGAAGGAUUUCCGUCUUUUUACCGGCGCUGAUGAUUUUUGAGCACCAACAUUAACACCGCUGACCCCUCGAGUGGAGAGUGAGCCACGUUUAUAGUUUGAUAGAAAAACUGUAUGGAGUGAAUUCGUAUGACAUCCAUCUGAAUACUGUAACGCUUAACCGAUGGGCGUGGCUUCUUUUGCAGAGAAGGAUGGGCUUCAGUCACAGUCACUGAACUGGACCUGUGGACUGUUUGUGCUCCUCACAAACUCUCAUGUAACACUUGAACCUCAUGGCUGAGGCCAUAAACUCAUCAGGAAGUGUUACUGACUCACGGUUUCCUGUACAGGAAGUCUUUUUGCGUCGCCCCCUGCUGGUCGUUAGAAUGAAUGCACCUUAACGUGCUUCAGCGUUGACUUUCCUACGGCCAUGUUUUUUAUGCUAUGACGUCCGUGGUGAUAAUUUAGCAUUUCAGCCUCUCGACCAAAUCCGUGCACAAAGAAAACGUGACAGCGGCCACAAACGUGGAGUGCGAGCGUUUCUAAACGGUCUUUGGUCCGAAGUCAGAGCUCCAUCAGCUCAGGUGGUUUAUUAACCUUCAGUAAGGACGUCGAGAACCGAAUCAAACUGUCUGAGCUUCCUCUUGAUGCCUCAUGAAAUCAUGACAUCAUCGAACACAAACUGUGAGUCCAAACCCCAAAAACCCGACUCAGACUGUUCAGCCUGAUGAAUGACUGAAAACUGCAACAAAUCAGUCUGAUUUUUGUCCCUCUGUCAGGUUAAUUUCUAAGUUUCGGUCUCUGUGCUUCAUGAAACGGUUGUAGCUACCUGAUGAAACGAGCGCGUCUUCAGAGGAAAAAGACAAACUGUGGUAUUCCAUCACAGCCGACUGUCCUGCUGUUUAAUGUUUCAUAUUUGUGGUUUUGACGGUUUUACUCGAGAGUCGAUUUGAUGGUUACGAGCAGAGUGCUGCAAACGUGUCUCCCAUCAGUGUCACUAUUUCCUGUCUCCCUCACACAGGAACCACCUUUAUGUUUGAACUUCGUCUGAGCGGAUGUCAAAGCCGAGUCUUAAUGAUGAUGUGAAUGUGCCUUAUUUAAUUUAAACCCAAAUAAACAAGAAUAAACCUGCGAUUCAGACAAAUGA